GUGUGUGGUGUGGUGUGUGUAGAGUUUAGGAUAGUUUGGACUUUUGUGUUUUUAGUUUAAAUGGACUUUUAUUAGGAAGGUAAAAUGGCUCAGAGCUGCCAAAGCGUGACUCUGUCUCUGACUUUACCGAUAGCGUGUCAGAUCUGCCUCGGAAAGGUUCGCAAACCUAAGAUUUGCUCCAACAGCCAUGUGUUCUGCUCGACCUGCAUUGACGUUUGGCUUCAGAAAUGCAGCCAGUGUCCCACCUGCAGAGUGGCCGUCACACCUGAAAACCCCUGCAGAGAAAUCAUAGGAGCUACAAAUGACAGCGAAUCAAAUGAAAACCAUUCUGUUAAGAGGCGUCUCAGAAAGACUCGCGGGGAAUUAAUACUGCAGGAAUAUGAGGAUGAAAUCGAAACCCUGCUGAAGGAGAAUGAGGACCUGAGGAGCAAAAACCUGAGCCUCGAGACGCAACUGAAAACUGCUCUGGAACCCAGCACCCUCUUCGUUGCUCAAACCGAGACUGAAGCUGUUGACCCGAGCCUUCUGCAGGAAUCGGCCAAAAAACUCAAAGCUGCCAAUGAGCUCUAUCAGAAAGUCAAACAAGACGUGGAGAAGCUGAAAGAAGCUAACAAGACCCUGAGGUCCCAGAAUGUCGACCUAAUCCAAGAGAACAUGCGCUUGAAGGCUGAAGUGGAGAGCAGGUCUCCUCAAAAGUUUGGCAGGUACACUGUAGCAGCUCUGGAGGCGAAGAUCCUUCAGCAGGAGCGAGAGAUGACUCAGCUGAAGAAGGCCCUGGAGCGCAGCGACAAAUACAUCGAGGAACUGGAGGCCCAAGUGUCGAAAAGCCGGAGGGAAGGUGCCAACACCACAGAAGAUUCGCAAUCAAAGGGGAGUGUCUCUGGAGGAACGCAGGCAGCAGUUGGAGGAGCGUCUACAGGGAGCAGCAGUAGGAUAGCGGCGAUGAGAAGGAGCCUGAGUGAAAUGGAAGAGGCUUCAGUUUGCACUGAUUUGGAGAGGAAGUCCAUAAAUCUCCCAAACAGCCACGGCUUCUUGCUCACCACAUCCGAUACGUGCCGUGGAAUUGGAUUUUUGAAUGAAGCUUUAAGCCCUCGGAAUGAUGCGCUGCAAAAUAUCACCGUGCCUGUGCCUUCCACGCCAUCUUCAGCCUUCAGCUCGUUGAGCCUUAGAAGUCCCGCUGUGUGUAGUGAGCGAAAACCAAGUUUCAAGCGCCUCACGUACCUGAGGAGGCUCAGUUUUGAUGACUGUAGCAGCUCCAGUAGCUUUAGUGCCUCGGCCUCAGUUGACCAAAGCUCUAAAGCUGGCCAGGUUGACAAAGAUGGUUCAUUCAGCCACAGAAACGUGCUAAACACAGGUAAGGAAGCUUUGUGGAGUGGCUGGCAAGACAUUAAACCUGCUUCCUUCCUCAGUGCAAAUGAGAACAGUGCAGGAUUCAAGCAGAGGGAGAGCGAGGAUGGAUCUUCAGUCGAUGAAGCUGAAGCUAGCGAAGCUAGCAUGGACUUGGCAUACCUCGACAAGAUCUCCGAGUUAGACUCCAUGAUGGCCGAAGGUGAACCCUCUCAUCAUUCACCACUGCUGUCCCACCCGCCGGCCUGUAAUGCCCCGCUGACACCAAAGCUGGAGGCUCAUUUGGAUGUUCUCGCUGAUCCUGGAUCGGUCAGAAAACAGCAGAGAACAUCAGACGCCCAGGACGGCAGCAGAAAUGGGCCGGAAUGUUCUGGAGAAUCCACCAAACGGAAGUGUUCUGUUAGCCUAGCAUCUGCUAGUCCUUCCAAAAUGUCCAAGAUGAAAUAAAACAGAGAAGUUGCUCUUAGUGUCUCUCAGAGCUUCCGUUUCAGACUGAUUAGGUUUGGCUUAAGAGGCUGUGGUAGAAUGAUGUUACUGUUUUUAGAUCAGUGUCACUUUUUUAAAUUUCCAAGAUUUCUAAAAUUAAAGAAAUGACUAAAACAAAUAAAAGCAAACGUUUCUCUUCACAGAUCCUCUGUUUAGGACCAGCUCGUUUGUGCUGAAAUGGGAUUUUGUAGAAUAUGAAUGAACUGUUUUACAAUAUUUUGGUUACUGUUACUUUUUCUGUAAUCUACAAACCCACCAAGAUUAAAUCAAGCCAAAAAAGUUUUUAGCAUCCAGCCACCAGCUUGGACUACGUCAGUCAAGGUCGUUCAUUCUUACAUUAAUUUUUGGUCAUUUCUAAACUCCAAACUGAGAUAAAACAAACUUCUUUUCUCUCUUAGUGUCUCAAAUAUGAACGAAUUCAGUUGCCGUUAAAAUGUGGCUCAGUGAUUUUUCAAUGUAUUUGUAAAUUUUUAAAACAUCCAAGAUAAAAUAGAACAGGCUUUAUCUUUUUUUCUCUUGCUUUAUCUGCACUUCCAGUUUGGGCUAAUUCAGUAGGACCAGUUCUCAGUAACUAUAGGAUGGAGGAUUUCAGGGAUGACAGCGGCGUCGUAUCUCAGUCACGCUUUUUUAAAAUCUGUUCAGAACAAUGGCAGCUAUACAUGUUGGAUGAUUUCAUGACUGUUUUAUUAGGAACAGUUCGCACCGCAGUCCAUGAGGACGACUUUAAACCAGACGAUCUUGGAUUUUUUUUUUUUUUUUUUUUUUUGGAUGUUAUGUGUCUUUUUUACCACUCAUCUGCUGUUCAUGUCAACUAUGUUGCAUAAACCUGCUGGAAGUUUAAAAUUG